AUGGCUGCCAACAAAACUGACAAAAAGAUAAUCUUUUUGUCUCUGAAACAAAAAACUGACAUUUUAGAAAAUUUAGAAUUUGGUGCUUCGGUUAAAUUUUUGGCCCAAGAAUAUGGUGUUCAUAAGAGCACAGUUCGGAGAAUUCGUAGGGAAGGAACGAAUAUCCGUAAUUUUGCAGAUCAGAGGUCCCAAAUAUUACAAUGGAAAAACCAGAGGAAACCAAAACAUGACGACCUUGAUAGCAGUUUGUAUAAGUGGUUCCUUGAAAGACGAACGUUAGGAGAUCCACUGUCGGACCUCCUGCUUCAGGAAAAGGCAAUGGAGCUUUACAACGAAAUUGGUGGAACGUCGUCGUUUACGGCAAGUAGAGGCUGGCUGACAAAAUUUAAAAGACGGCACAACAUUCGUCUACUUCAUGUGCAUGGGGAAGCAGGAAGUGCAGAUGAGGAAAGUGCAGAACGGUUUUUAAUUAACUUUGCCAAGAAAGUAGAGGAAGAAGGCAUCGAGGAACACAAUAUUUAUAACAUGGACGAAAGUGGUUUAAUGUGGAAGGCUAUUCCUUCGAAAACUUUGGUCCAUGGUGAAGAACACAAAAUUGAAGGCAAAAAAAUGAAAAAAGAUCGCGUCACUAUUGGCUUCUGUGCUAAUGCGACUGGAACACACAAAUUGCCACUACUGUUUAUUUAUAAAUAUCAAAAUCCGAGAGCCUUAAAAAAUUGUGGCACGUUACCAGUAGUCUAUACGUUCCAAAAGCAGGCUUGGGUCAAUACACAAAUUUUUGCAGACUGGUAUGAGAACCACUUUAAAUCAAGUGUCAAACAGCAUCAAUUGGAGAAUAAAUGUCAAAGGAAGACAAUUUUGCUGGUUGAUAAUUGUCAAGGCCACAUAAUUGAACUAGACGAUGAAGAGGAACAGUUUGAAAUUGUUUUUCUGCCUCCAAAUACUACAUCUAUUAUACAACCGAUGGAUCAAGGGAUUAUUGCAAAAUUAAAAAAACGUUACAGACACAAAAUGUUGCGCCACGUAUUGACAUUUCCGGGUGGACUUAAUGAAUUCUAUUCUAGAUUCACAAUAAAAGAUUGUAUAUUUUUAGUUCGCGAUGCCUGGGAAGAUGUUACCAGCAAUGAUAUUAAGAAUGGCUGGAACAAAAUUUUUACAAAAGACCCUGAGGAUUCUUCGGAAGAUGCAUUGAACACAACAAUAGAUUCGGAAAUAAGCGAACUAAUCCAUACAAUAAAUGGCAAACCAAUUAAUCAAGAACUGUUAAACGAUUUCUUUUUAUUAUUGGAUCAAGUGGAAAACAUGGAUAUUACAGAACAGGAAGGGGAAGCAGACAUAGAAGAAGAAAUAGAAGGAGGAGACGAACGGCAUGGAGAAGAUGAGGAAGAAGAGCAGCAUCGAGAAGAAGAAGCAGUAACGGAGUUAGAAACGUCACAAGAGUUACCGAUUAUUCAAGCCAAUGAAAACCUUGAAGAACGAAAACUGAGGGAGUUACAGUGGAUAGACACCCUCAUUAAGAACUGGGGCAAUAAUAAACCCCAUGUACAAAUAAUGGGCGAGGCAUUUAAAAAAAUAUUGGAGGCAGAAGCCUUGCCAGAAAAUUAA